AGGGGGUUGCCCCGAUGCCCACACGGGACCCCAAACGUCCUUGCUGGACAAGGCUGGGACUUCAUCCCUAGUAACUCCCUCCCUCCCUUCCGUUUUCCCUGUACCUCCCUCCCUCCAUAUCUAUCUCUAUUUCCUUCCUUCCUUCCUGCCCUUUUCUUCCCAAUCUGUAUCUAUCAGGUAUUAUGUCUGUCUGUCUGUCUGUCUAUCUGUCUAUCUAUCUAUCUAUCUAUCUUUUCCUUACUUACAUACUUUUCUUCCUUCCUUCCUUUCCUUUGCUUUCCCUGUACCUCCCUACCUCCCUUCAUAGCUAUCUCUAUUUCCUUCCUUCCUUCUCUUUUCUUCCCAAUCUGUAUCUAUCAGGUAUUAUGUCUGUCUGUCUGUCUGUCUGUCUAUCUGUCUAUCUAUCUAUCUAUCUAUCUUUUCCUUACUUACAUACUUUUCUUCCUUCCUUCCUUUCCUUUGCUUUCCCUGUACCUCCUACCUCCUUCAUAGCUAUCUCUAUUUCCUUCCUUCCUUCUCUUUUCUUCCCAAUCUGUAUCUAUCAGGUAUUAUGUCUGUCUGUCUGUCUGUCUGUCUAUCUGUCUAUCUAUCUAUCUAUCUAUCUUUUCCUUACUUACAUACUUUUCUUCCUUCCUUCCUUUCCUUUGCUUUCCCUGUACCUCCCUACCUCCCUUCAUAGCUAUCUCUAUUUCCUUCCUUCCUUCUCUUUUCUUCCCAAUCUGUAUCUAUCAGGUAUUAUGUCUGUCUGUCUGUCUGUCUAUCUAUCUAUCUAUCUAUCCUAUCUUUUCCUUACUUACAUACUUUCCUUCCUUCCUUCCUUUCCUUUGCUUUCCCUGUACCUCCCUACCUCCCUUCAUAGCUAUCUCUAUUUCCUUCCUUCCUUCUUUCCUUCCCUUUUCUCUGUACCACCCUACCUCCCUUCAUAUCUAUUUCCUUCCUUCCCUUCAUUCCUUCCUUUCUUUUCCAAUCUGUAUCUUUCAUGUAUUAUGUCUAUCUGUCUGUCUCUAUCUAUCUAUCCUAUCUUUUCCUUACUUACAUACUUCCCUUCCUUUCUUCCUUCCAUGCACCUCCCUUCCAUUCAUCCAUCCAUCUCUCUAUACAUCCAUCUACCUACCAUCUAUCCAUCCCUCUCUAUCUUCAUCUAUGUUUUCUUUACAUCCUUCCUUUCCUUUCUCCAUUUACUUCCUUUCCUUUCCUUCUUUCCCUUUUCUUUCCUUUCCUUCUUUCCCUUUCCCUUCCUUUCCUUCUUUCCCUUUCCCUUCCUUUCCUUCUUUCCCUUUUCUUUCCUUUCUUUUUCUUUCCUUUUCCCUUUCCUUUCCUUCAUCUACCACUUUUACCAAAGUGUUCCUUUUGCUUUCCUAAGAUGAAAAUUUCCAGGGUACAUUUUACGUCCCGCACUGAAAUUAGCCACUGGAAACAGCCAUCCUACUGAUUAAAAAAAAAUAUAUAUAUUUUUUGCAUCUGCUCGUCAGUCGAAAUGCCCUCCUUCUGCCAGCUGGCACUAGAUGGCAUUAUGGGCUUAUAGUUGGGGAACCCGGCUUAACCUCUGCAAGGGGGGGGGGAAGAAACAGCGGAGGGCUCUUAACAGCCCCCCCCCUCGCUGCUUAAACCAUGGGAUUGCAUUGCCGCGGCAACGAGCCAUUUCCCAAACAGAAAUGGCUUCUAGGGGUUUAAAAAAAAAAAACAUUUAGCGUUUAGAGCGCCCGUUUUCCGAGCAGUUUCCAAAAGGAAAAAAGGUUUCAAGAACAGACCAUUGUUUAAACGUUCGAUCUUUCUCUCCGCUAUGGGCAGAGAAUUCAAAUUACGCACCCUGGGCUGGAACCGAUCCCAGCCGCAGGUUUUACGCGCAAGUUGUUAAUUUGGAGAGAAAAAAAAAAGGAUCUGUGCUAAUGAGGAGAUCCAGGCAGGAUAAGGAGAGGUCAGAGAAGCAGAAAAAUAAAAAACACACGUCAGGAAACGAAGGAUUUGGGCCGGUUAAAACCAGGCGGAAGGAGAAAAAAAAUCACGCCACGAAAGCAAGAUUUGGCCGGUUCCAAGUCUUUGGCUCUCGGUGGAUUUUUUUGUCAGGCUGGUUAUUCUGACCAGGCGACUUGAG